GUAUAUCAGAUGGCCGAUGUAUUACCACGACCAAAUACUUCAGAAUAUCUCCGGGAAUAUUUUCGUAAACCAUGCAGACGAAAUCAAAAUAACGGCCAGAUCGCAGGUGAUUCCUGGUGCAAAGAAUCACUCCAAAGCAGAAAUUGCGUGUCAGAAUGCGACAAUUUAGGGAUAUGGACUGGCAAACCAAAAUACAGGGAAUACAGUACCGUUCAAUCAAGACUCGUUUCCUUCAAAAACUGGCCACAAAAUAAAACGCAAACGAUAGAGCAACUCGUUGAUGCUGGUUUUGCAUUUACAGGGGUUGAUGACUCUGUGAGGUGUUAUUACUGUAGUAUUGGGCUUCGUGACUGGCCGGAAGGAGCUUGUCCAUGGAAACAGCAUAUACUAGCAAGUCCUAAAUGCGGUCACGUGAUCCAGUGUAAAGGUAAAAGUUUUAUACGACAUGUUUUGGGAGAGCAGGCUUAUGAUUCUGGAUCUGAUGUUGACGAUUCGGACGAAGUUAUUGAUACUGUACAACUUGCAAUUCAAAGAAAUGAAGAUGCUGUGAAUGUUGCUCGAGAAUAUUGUUCAAAUGAAGAUGUUCUUAAAAGGGCAAUAAAGUCUUUGAUAGCACAAGAUCUAAACAAAAGGUUCACGGCUGUUGAACUUGUUAAAACCGUACAAGAUAUUGAAGAAAUAUGUGAUGGAUCAAUCUUGUCGUUUCCACUUGAAAGGAAAGACGAUAAAGAUAAAGAGGAAUCAAGUGAUGAAGAAACAGAAGAAGAUGUUGUGGAAUCAAUCGAGGAAAUGGAAGCAGCAAACAGAGAGUUAAAAGAGCCUGUAACGUGCAAGGUCUGUCUUGAUGCUAUAGCCUGUAUCAUUACCCUUCCCUGUGGCCAUAUGAUGUGUUGCUCUCAGUGUGUACCAGCUCUUUCAAAGUGUGCUGUAUGUAGAGCACAGAUAAAAGGCACAGUUCGGGCACUAAUGGCAUUUUGAUGUCCAAAUUCUCGCAUAUUUUAAUUGCAGUGUUUGGCCUAGCAUUCAAUUUUGGUUUUAGUUUUUCCUCUUAUAACAAAAUCAAAUUUUGAUAUAAUGCCACAUUAACCGAAGCUAUAAAUUACAAAUAUUUCAUAAAAUUGUGCUGCUUUAUAAAAGAUAAAUUAUGUUGUUGUUUUUUUUGCCGUGCUAAAUGUUCUUUAACGUUUCUUUAACAUGGUAUCUACGAGGGGUAUCCCGAAAAUAAUGCAACUUUUCUUAAGACUAUUUGAAUAAACAAUGUACUUGUAUUUUCAAUUAUAGCAUUCAAACCAUCCGCCUUAACAACAUAUACAUUAUAACCUUAUUCUAAGAUAUUAAUCAUAUUUCUUAUUCCGUUACUGAUGACAAACUUUAAAUUCGGAAGAAAAAAGUCAGAGUAUCAAGAUCAAGAGGGUAUACGUAUAGCGUAUGGUUAAAUAUCUGGAAAAGAGUUGUCCCUCGGUAGCACUAAACACAGCAAAACGAAAAUUGCAGACUCGCUUUGAUUUUCUUUGUACAUGAGGAUAAUGUAAAGGUGCAACAUCCCUCACGUCCCCUAACACCGGCUUGAGCGGUACUCAAUUCUCAACACUUAAAAGUGCUAGACUCAAUGAUCCUGAAGGACCAGAAAAGUAUAACAACACUGAAGUGAAGUACGGGACAACCUUUUACAGCUGCCACACAUCACUUGACACCUGCUGUUGCGAUGAAUAAAUUUCUGGAAAAAGUGAUCCUUCGGAAGCGUUUAAAAUAGCAAAAAAUUACACGAAAAUUGCUGACUCGGUUUGAUUGAUUCUGUACAUGAGGUAUAAUGAAAAGGUGCAACUUCCCUCACGUCCCCUAGAACCAGCUUUAGCGGUACUCAAUUCUCAACACUUAAAAGUGCUGGACUCAAUAAUCCCGAAGAACCAGAAAAAUAUAACAACACUGAAGUGAAGUACGGGGCAACUUUUUACGGCUGCCACACAUCACUUGCCCCCUGCUGUUGUGAUGUAUAAAGACCGUUACAAUUAUAUCCAUCAGAAACUAUGUUUGGUUUUAUGUGGAGGAGCGUUUGUAGACAAUGUAUGAAUUCAAUGUCAUUUGCUAGACGCCGCCACCUGUAUUUAUUCGAGAUUUUGCACAAACCAUCUUUAUGAAACCCCCAAUUGAUAAAACAUCUUUAUGAAACCGCCUAUUUAUAUUUUCAACAUACGGAAUUGUCGGGCCAGUAUCGCCGGUUGGUUCUUAUUGAAGAAUAAUGCACACAGAACGUUUUUGCAAAUUUUACUUUCUCGCGUUCUUAUUGUAAGAUGUGAGUUUUGCGAUUUUUUCUUCCCUAUUUUCCACAUUUUUCUCUCCAAUUUAGAAAGACAAGAAAAUGUCCUAUUGAAAUAAACUCAGUCAUUUUUCAUUUGCGUUUACAAUUGAUAUUUGAUCAAUAUUUGGUGAUAAUAUUCCCAGCCAAAUUAUUUUAGCUUGAGUGUUUUCGCAAUUCUUAACCCAGUUAAGUUGAAUGUCUCGGAAUUUAAAAUCUUCAAUGUUACAUUUAAAACAAUAAUGAGCAUAUUUACAUAUAUGAAUUGAAAAAAUUACUGCCAUUUUGUUUAAGUUUUUAAGUUUAUUUUCUACAUUUUUUUUAGAACAAGAGUCGUCCCCUUUGCAUACACUAAUAAACUUUACUCUGAAACAGGGAGAUACAACUUAGAAAUAUAUAGAUAUUAUAAAAUCAUAAAAUUCUGGUUGAAAAUUUGUAUGUAUAAUUCUGAUAAAUAUGUCAAACAAGUGUAUAUUUUCUUACAAAUGAUAUAGAUGAGAAUCAGGAUAAAUUGUGUCUCUAGUACAAAACUUUGUUUUUUAUUAUCAAUGUUUGGCUUUCGCAGGGGGUGGGGUGAGAAAGCUUAAUUCAAUAUCGUAGAGAUAACUAUAUGCAAGGUUUAAGAACUGAUUGGAGUCAGGCUAUAUUUUAUAAACAACUAAACAUUUUUAAAAAAAAAUCAGAGUAGCAUUAACAUAUUUAAGAUUAUCAUCGCAUAGCUUAGCUGUCGAAACUGGUAGAUGGGAUCGUCAAUGCCAUAGAUGUCAUUAGCUAGAAAAUGAAUUUCACUUUGUAAUUUAAUGUCUAGAUUUUUUUCCUUUUUUUUUUGGAACUAAGGAAACAAAUAUCAGAAAACAUUUUGGAGGCGCCCGAGAAAUUAUGGUUUUUGCAAUUAUUAAAGAGUGGAAACAAAAAAAAUAUUUGAAACCUUGCAAAAGGUUUAUAAAGCCUUUGGGGGGAAAAAGAGAAAAAAAUCAAAACACACAAAACUAAUAGCUUGUCAGCAUCCAAAACUUUUUCAUCGACAAGUAGAUAAGGUUUGGACAUUUUUAUUAUCUCUCCCAAAAUGAUUAAAAUGUUUAAGUAUUAUUAUUUUGGCUAUUUAUCUAAAGAAAUUAUAUAUCUGUGUAUACAUAUAUAUUCAAUAAUUUGCUCUCAAACCAGCUGUGAUUUAAUUGAUUGUAGCUUUUAUUGGUGUAAUACCCAUGGAUAAUAUGUGAUUUAUAAAGUUUCUUCUCUACUUUAUUAUUAUUUAGUAGUAUUGUUGUUUUGUCAAACUCUUAUGUCUACAUUAUUUGUUUCAAAUGUUUACGCUUUUAAGGAGUGUACGCUUACUGUGUCUUUUUAUACAUUUUUGACAACAGAUUUAUUUUUAUUAAAAAAGAGAAGCACAUAAUAGUUAUAAUAUUUUAUUUUAUUGGAUCAAUAAUAAUACCGAAAUAGCAAUUUAAAGAUUGUAAUUAACAAAAUAUGAAUGCCUAUCAUUAUAUCUUUAUUGUCACAAUUGGCACUCAUUCAGUUAGAAAUUAAUCUUUUC